UACCAAAAUAUUUGUUUUCAAAUCAUAUUUUUAUUGCUCAAUUUUUGCAGCAACACGUUGACCCGGACUUCAGCCUCAUACACUGAAGUUAAAAGAAACAUGUUAAAACAAAAGACAGUUUAUACGGAAAAUUUUCACUAUAUAAAUCGAUCUUCUUUUUCUUUAUCAUUAACGGUUUUAGUUUGCUUGAGUUUGCUGCGGAACGUAUCGAAUCGCUUCUGGAAAAUUAUAAUUGAAAUAAUGUCUGAAAAGCAGGAGGAAACAAAUAUGACAUGUCAGCAUCAAGAACGUAUGGUCGAGUUCUUAAGAAAAUAUCCAAUUUUGUUAUCAAAAAAUUUUACAAAACAGUUCACCAAAAAAGAUUACGAUGAAGAAUGGGCGAUUUUAUCAAGAAUUCUUAAUGCAGUUAACAAUCAUGUAGAUGCUAUGCCUUCAGACAAAUGGCAAGAGCACAUUAAAGUGAUUGAAAAUAUGACCAAACUUCUUCACGCUUUUAAUCCAAACCAAUGCCAUUUUUGUGAUGACCUUAAUAUUAUUGAACAGAAACUCAUAUUAAUAAAUGGAAAUUUGUUGGAAUUUCAUAAUGAGUUUAACGAAAACAAACAGAAAAUUUUGGAAAAUAAUAUUCAUUCUCAUUAUAUUUCAUCCGAGGAAGAUGAAGAUUUUGAAACUGAUUUGCUGCCUUCUAAACAGAAAAAGAUUAAACAGGAGGAGGAAAAAAACGUCAUUGAAUAUGAGAAAACUGUUGCACCGAAGCCAAUCGAUAAAAAGAAACGGAAAUCAUCUAUAAUUAUGACUAAGCCAUUUCUUAAAAAACCAGGCAGUCCUCAAUUAAAGCAACCUUCAAAGUCCUCAGUCCAAGAAGUUUAUAGGGGAGUAAAAGAGUGUCUGGAAGAAUCAGCAGAUUCAUUAAAAAAAAUUUCUGAUACUUUGACAGACUUGUUAGCAGUUACCGCUGAAACUCAAAAUUUAUUGAAAACUGUUGUUUCACAUGACAAAAAUUAA